AUGUAUGCAAUUGCUGAUUUGGUGCAGUAUUUUGGAUGGAGAGUAGUUGUCAUCUUUGUUGACGAUGAUUAUGGUAAAAAUAUGAUUUCAGUUUUGGAUGAUGCACUUACUAAGAACCGUGCUAAGAUUUCUUACAAAGCUGCAUUUGCUCCUGGAACUUCAAUAAGUGACAUUAACAGGCUAUUGGUUGAAGUAAACUUGAUGGAAUCGCGUGUUUUUGUGGUACAUGUAAAUCUUGAUUCUGGCCUUACAAUUUUUUCAUCAGCUAAGAGUCUCGGAAUGAUGAACAUUGGUUAUGUUUGGAUUGCUACUGAUUGGCUUCCUUCUCUUCUAGAUCCUUCGGCAACCAAUAAUCCCGAUUGA